AUGGGAGUGUGCUAUUUCUACGGGCAACCUAGGAACCUAGCUUGGAGCUGCCCAGAAAAGAAAAAAUAUGAGACUGGCAGAGUGCAGCAGCCAGGGAGAGUAUAUACUACUUCUGCAGCAGGCAUUAAGGUGUCAGAGACACUGAUUAGAGGUAGCUGUGAGAUAGCUGGUAAAAUUUUAAGUGCAUUGUUUAAUUCUGGAGCAACAUAUUCAUUCAUUGUGUUUGAAAAGGCUAAUGAGUUUGGAUUGAAAAUAGUGGUCUUGGGUUAUGAUUUAAAGGUAUAUAAUGCUACCCAUGAAACUACGGUGACUAGGUUAGGAUGUCAACAAGUUUCAUUUCGAGUACAACAACGUGAAUUCGUGCAUGAUCUGAUUUGUCUACCGAUGACUGGUCUUGAUCUCAUCUUAGGACUAGAUUGGUUGUCCAAGAACCAUGUCUUUCUUGAUUGUUCUAAGAAAAUGGUAUGCUUUAUGCCGGAAGGGUCAGAAGCGCCUGUCAUGGUGAAUCACUAUUAUUUGAACUCUAUAAUGGUAAAUUGUUCAGGGACUAAAUGUCAGGACAUUAUGCUAUUAACUACGGGUGUUUUGGGUGAUGACCAAAGCUUGGAGCAGAUUCCAGUUGUUUGUGAGUUUCUAGAGGUGUUUCCGGACGAUAUUGACGAAUUUUCACCUAACCGGGAGGUUGAAUUUGCUAUUGAGUUGGUGCCUGGAGCCGGUCUAAUCUCAAGUGCUCAUUAUAGGAUGUCACCUCUAGAAAUGGCUGAGCUGAAGGCUCAGCUAGAAGAUUUGUUGGGUAAACACUUUAUUUAA